GCGGUUGGCGCGCGCGGGACACGAUCUCGCCGCCCGUUCGUUUGUCCACCCGCCCGCCCGCCCGCUUGUCCGCGCGCCCGCGAGGGCACAGGCUUAGCCCGCCCGCCCGCCCGCUCACCCAGAGCCCGCCAAACCCACCCCUGGCCGACAGCCCAGCGGGACACCCAGAUACCUGGCAUCCAGCACACGGGGACCCCAGCCGACAACAAAAUUGGCCAUACGUGAAAUUUGGACGGUUCGAUUUGGGGAUUGAUCCACAUUUUUGGAAAGGUCCUUCCUUGAUGGUGUGGCAGAUUUUGGGGAAGAUCCCGCUGGAUGUUGGAGUGGUUCUCGCUGGUUAAAGAAGAAGAGCAUAUUUGGCGUUGGGGCAGAUAUUGUUGGAUGUUGGGGCACUUCCAAUUGGGUGUUGGGGCAGAUCCCAUUUGGUUUGAGGAAGAGUGCGUUGGGUUUGACUCUGCUUUGAGCUGUUGCCGUGUGUGCGAGUGCUGAUGAUCCGAAAGCUAUGUUCAGGGUCCGGACUGGGGUUGGGCAGUCGCUUCGGGAGUAUUCGUCUCUCCCAGCGGUUUGUGUUUCUGAUCUUCCUCAGUGCCUUGAUCACCGUGUGCUUCGGGGCCAUCUUCUUCCUACCGGAUUCCCUGCGACUCCGUCGCUUCUUCUUAUUGUCCACCGACCCGCAGCGCACGGACAUUGCAGGCAGCGGGCAGGGACUGGGGCCGAGGCCCGCUGCAGCGUCCUUGCACAGGCAGACGGAGGCACACAUCGGUUCCGUUUGGCGAGGAAAGGAAGACCGAUUGAGGAAAGAAUCCUUGCUGGAUCUCAUUCGCCAGGGGGUGACGGAAGGAGAGCAGAGGGUUAUCAACAAUUCCGCUAGUGGGGCAGCAGCAGUAAGUAGAGGCCUGGUGGAACCCAGCAACAGUCACUACGCGCCAUCGUUGGAACCACGAGUACAAUCUGCAGAUCGGGAUGCGAGGAGCCAUCGAGAGAAAGUUAAAGAGAUGAUGAAAUUUGCCUGGGAUAACUAUAGACGAUAUGCGUGGGGAACUAAUGAACUCAAACCAUUGUCAAAGAAUGGACAUGCAAGUGGCUUGUUUGGAGGUCUUCUGGGAGCCACAAUUGUAGACUCUUUGGAUACGCUCUUCAUUAUGGGCCUUCAAGAGGAAUUUAGAGAAGCCAGACAAUGGGUGGAAAACAACCUGGAUUUUAAUGUGAACGGAGAGGUGUCUGUCUUUGAAGUGACCAUCCGCUUUGUCGGUGGACUGCUAUCGGCGUUUUACUUGACAGGUGAUGAGUUAUUCAAGACGAAGGCAAUUGAAUUAGGAGAGAAGCUAUUGCCAGCUUUUAAUAGUCCUACAGGCAUUCCCUGGGCCUUGAUAAAUCUCCGCAGUGGAGUUGGUCGGAACUGGGGCUGGGCCUCGGGAGGUAGCAGUAUUUUAGCAGAGUUUGGCACCUUACAUCUGGAGUUUGUCCAUCUGAGUGAGGUGUCAGGCAAUCCAAAGUUCGCUGAAAAGGUAAUGGGAGUCCGGAAAGUUCUGAAUCGGCUAGAGAAACCUCAUGGUCUUUAUCCCAAUUAUCUUAGCCCUGUUACUGGUCACUGGGGACAGCAUCAUGUAUCCAUUGGUGGACUUGGGGACAGUUUCUAUGAAUAUUUGAUCAAAUCCUGGCUUAUGUCUGACAAAACUGAUGAAGAAGCUAAAACUAUGUAUUACGAGGCUUUACAGGCUAUAGAGACAAACCUAGUAAGGAAGUCUGCCAGUGGUUUGACUUAUAUUGCAGAAUGGAGAGGUGGCAUACUGGACCAUAAAAUGGGGCACUUGGCAUGUUUUUCAGGAGGGAUGUUAGCCAUGGGAGCUGAUGAUGCACCAGGAGAUCAGUCUAAACACUAUAUGGAAUUGGCUGCAGAAAUCACUGCCACCUGCCAUGAAUCAUACCAACGUUCAGCAACUAAACUUGGUCCUGAAGCAUUUCGUUUCGAUGGUGGUGCCGAUGCUGUUGCUACCAGAAUGAAUGAUAAGUAUUACAUCCUGCGCCCCGAAGUGGUUGAGACCUACAUGCAUUUGUGGCGAUUUACCCAUGACCCCAAAUACAGAGAGUGGGGCUGGGAGGCAGUACAGGCUCUGGAGCAGCACUGUCGGGUAGAGGCUGGAUUUUCUGGAAUAAGAGAUGUCUAUAGUUCCCUGCCACAUCACGAUGAUGUACAGCAGAGCUUUUUCCUGGCAGAGACACUGAAGUACCUUUACGUGCUAUUCUCUGAAGAUGAAUUGCUGUCUCCAGAACAUUGGGUGUUUAACACAGAAGCCCAUCCACUACCUGUAAUACGCAGGAAUACACAGGAACAAGUGAUCACAAAUGAUCAGUAAACAUUCUAUCCUGAAGAAAGGAUAAUCUUUAUCAGUCCUUGGGGUUGAAAUAAAUUUCCUUUCCAGUAAAGGACCUUUAUUGACAUAAGUAGAAAUUAGUUGACAGCAAUUUAAUUGAUGUGUUGUGGUAUUUGAUCUGUUCAGGACACAUUGAUUUCCUCUAUGAGGAGUUGCAUGGCCUGUUGUCUGCUUGUGGUGGGCCACCCUUUAAAGCCAAGUCUCAGAAAUACACCAUUUAUACCCAAGGUUUCAACAGAGGGAGAAUGCAAACAUCAAAUUGACUGUUCAUUUUAACCAAAGGAUUGAAAUUUCACACAAUUACUGUAAAGUAUUUACUUACUCCCUUUUUCAUUUUAUAAAAAAAAACAUGUAUCUGUAUAAAGCAAAGUAAAUGGAUAUUUGGUUGUUUAUGUUUAUAAUUAUAUUAGCACCUCUGGUUUAAUUGACAAAAUAUUGCUUUGACAUUAUCAACUGGGUACCCGAGGUUCCAUUAUCCAAUAAUAAUGCCCUGUUUUUUUGGCAAGAAAACUGGUUUGUGUAUCUGCAUAAGAUGUCUUUGUGUGCUGCUUUUACACAUUUGUUAAUUAUUAUUUUAAACAUUUAGCAAUUCUGUCGGAGCGCAGACAAUAACAUAAAGUAAAUUAGUCAACCAGUGAACUGAAAAGGUGGAAAUUAAAUAUUAUAGUGAACCUCCUCUUCAGUUGGAGCAAGUUGGCUGUCCAUUUUAUACGUAGCCAAUUUUCCAGUAUCUAAAUAAAUGUCACAAUUUAAUGCUUAUAUUUUUAUAUUACAAUAUUAACUCCAUUGUUUUUCAAUCUAUACAAAAUGGAACAGAAUUUUCUGUAAUAUUUUUAAUCCACCUAUUUUAUUUGAUAAUGACAUUGGAAUAUUAAUUUUGUAGGUUAUUCAAUCCAAAUGUACCAUUUAAUGAUCAUAACUGCUAAUGGCAGGUUUUACACACAUCUCUCAAAAACAAUAGACAUUUUCAUUAGAUAUUACAUCCUGACAUUUCUGAUCCAUUUUACAUGUACAAUUUGAUCAUGAUAUCAGUAUAUUAUGCCAUUUAUCUUGCUCAUGGUUAUUCUGCAUAGUUACAUUCUGAUCCCAGUUGUAUGUUUAUACUGUUUCACUGUAUAUCAUUUAUAUAUUAAGUUCAGUUUUCUGAUGUCAUUCAUGAAUCAAUAUUUUGGCUAAUUACAAGCAUAUGGAAAUGACAAUAGAAACGAUCCACAACAUUCCACACAUCGCGCAUUACGACCUACCCAUUCUCCUCAACCCAGAACUAUUUUAUCUUCUGGGAGAGGGGCAACCAGCUAAAAAUAUGAGGCCAGUUGUGGGAGAACAAAAAAAGUUAUCUUUCAGCUCCCUGAGUCUUUUCCUAGUGCAUGAGAUUACCCGUACCCUGAUUUACUUUGCAAUUUAUCUACAAGCUACACGUUUUGAUCAUGUCUCACAUGACACUGGUAAAGAAUCUUCAGCUCACUGGGCCAAUGUCAGUGUUCAUUGUCUACUACAAUUUCAAAUACUUUGUAUAAUUUUAUACUUCAAUUACUGAAUAAUUAUAGAUGUUUGGUUUUCAAGGAAUUUCUUGAAGGGUCCAAAUAGUGGAUGUGAGUUACAUAUGAUCCAGGCUGCUGUCUACGUACCAAUAAGUCUUUCUAAACUAUGCGUUGCAAAAUCAGCUGGCCACAUUUGGCCCACCUGGUUGCCUUGUAUGCCAGGCCCAUCACUAACUUGAAGAAGGUCUGAUGCUUAUCCAGUGUUAGGCCAUGUCCAUAUGCAUUCUAUUUGGGGCGCUACAGACAUAAAGCCUUGUGCCCGCACCCCUACCUGUCCCCAGGUCCCACCCACCAUUUCCUGCCAUCUCAAUGUCCUGUCAAACCCUAGGCAACAAGUCUGCUAACACUGGAUUUGAGGGGCAGCAGGAAGUAUUUGGCAGAGAGUAAGGCUGAAGCGAGAGAGCUAUACACUUGAGGGGAAUGGUGGUGGAAAGGUGAGAGAUGGAAGAGUGUAGCCCAAUAAAGGAGAAGUGGGAAGAGAAGAGCUGAGAAUGGGAAUAGUGAUGCAAAAGGCUUUUCAAAUGUUGUGAACUAAGCUGCAUAGUGUCCUAUACUAUGAACAGUGUGCUUGCAAUCACUUGGACAGAGAACUGUUUCUGAAAAGAUGCUAGAAAUAUUUUUAAGAAACAUUUUUUGCCUAAAAUUGAAGUUCUUAAACGAGGUAUCAACUUAUGCUGCUGUGCAACUUAUAGUUUACAUUCAUUCAAUAAGUGUGGGUAUGGCGGGCAGUCAGCAUUUAAUUCCAAAUUUCCCCUUGAGAAGGGUGAGCUGCCAUUGUAAACUGCUGCUGUUCUUGAGGUGUGGGCAUAUUCUCAAAGCUGUUAACGAGGGUAUUCAGAUCCAGCAAUGGUGAAGGAAUGGAAAUAUGUUUCUCAGUCAGGAGGGUGUGUGUCUUGGAAGAUAACUUCCAGGUAGUGGUGUUCCCGUGCUUUUGCUUCCCUAGUUCUUCUAGGUCAUAGGUUUGGAAGAUGCUGUCUAAGUUGCUGCAAGGCAUCCAGUACAUGGUACAGACAGUCCCUACUGUGUGUCGGUGGUGGAAUGAGUGAAUGGUUGUGAAUGGGAUGUCUAUUAAGCUGGCUGCUAUGUUCUGCAUAAUGUUGAGUUCCUUGAGUGGUGUUGAGUCUGCAUUCAUCCAGGCAAGUAAAGAGUAUUCCAUCACGCUCCUGACUUGAACCUUGUAGAUGGUGGAAACGCUUUGGGGGAGUUAGAAGGUGAGUUACUCACCACAGGAUUUCUAGUCUCUGACCUGCUCGUAGCCGCAUUGUAUAUUUAGUUUCUGGUCAAUGGUAACCACCAGGAUAUAUAGUGGGGGAUUCAGUGAUGAUAAUCCUUUUGAAUGUCACCAUUCUCUGGAAACCAAAUCACCUUUCAAAAUAUGCUUUAGUCACCAUAUGGGUAACAGUUUCUUAUAACUAUGAUAAAACCUUGCCCUUCUGUCAAAUCAUCACCAACCAGUGAUAACUAUCUUUCUUUACUUAAACUCUAACUUUCCAUAAAUGAAUAACAAUUCUAUUAGGUCUCCCUUAGCCCUUUGUGUUCCAGUAGAACAUUCAAUAAUUUGUCAUGCCUUUUUUCAUAACUCUUACCAUUUUAAGAAACAUUGAGGUAAAAUGCAGGAUUCUCUUUACAGAGUUUUUUUCCCUUCCCAUUAUGGGUCUAAAACCAUAUUUGGCACAACAGCUGUGGCCUUACCAAUGACUUGAACAGAUACCACAUUUGCUCUUUGUUGCUACAUUGAAUGCUAUGGACAAUCCCAAAGCACCAUAUGACUUUUCAUUGCUUUUUUAUGGCCCGUGAUGGAAUGUUAGUAGGUGAAGCCACUUUAUUUUUUACCACUUCUUGGCAGUAUGUAAUCGAGGAGGUGUGGGUGUUGGUUUGGGAUGCAUGUUGUGUGGAAGGUGGAUACUGCAUUUUUAUUGUUCCAUUUUGUGGCCCUGUCUCCCAAAGCACAAGCUAUUAAAAUCACACAGGUUGAUACAAGCCUUUAUCUUUUGUAUUCAAAGAAUACUGUAAUAAUACCAUCAACAAUCAUUUCUGUAUCUUGGUAGAGUAAGAAACAAAAUAGUUAAGCAGUUUCCAAGGUACCAGAAUGUGCAUAACUAUAGAUUUAGAUCCGGUUUAGAAUCUAUUUUGCUCUAGCUUAGUGACAGUAUUUUUCAUAUAAAGAGGAAUUCUGAAAUUAUAUCUAUAAUUAGAAAAAUAUUGCAUUUAACAUUUAUUUCCAUUGACCGGUUUUGUAAUAUCAUUACACCCUGCCUCCAUCUGUGCCAUACGAGUGCUGUUAAUAUUUUUUAAAUCUAAAAUGAAUAAUAGAAAACACACCAGAUAAUGUGCAAAAAAACUUUUUUUCAAAAGGGGUAGCCACAGAAUAUAUAUGAGCAAAAAUUCUCGGGCAUCUUUUACUUCCUUUUAAAGUGGUCUCUUUGUCGCUGGGUAUUUGUAGCACUGGCAGGAAACUAAUAACCUUCCAUUUAUUUCCCAUUGCUGUGCCGGGCCAACUUUCAAACUGUUUAAAUUCUUCUUCUUAGAUAGUCCAUUGGGACUUGCUUUCUUUUGUAGGUUCUGUGGUAAUGGAUGAGGCCAAUGGGGGAACUGCAGACUCUUCCACAGAUAAGGCAGAAAGUGCCUCAUGUGCCAGAAGUGCUGCUUAGUGGGACUUUGGCAUGAUCCCAGAUGCUCUUUUUCCACUUUAAGCAGCGUUUUCCCACUAUAAGCAGCUUUAAGGAUUUUGAAGUGUUGUGAGGGACUGUAAUUGCAUUCCUUUAAAUACCACAUGCCUUAAUGUUUGUAAAAAAAGUCUUUUAUAAGGUGUUUUCUCAAACACCUUUUGCAAUUCUAGUGUACAAUUUUGUAUUUCCUUUUAAGUUCUGUAAAUUCGUCAUACAAAUCAAUUACAUUUGUUGAGCGUAAUCUGGCUGACUGACUACAUCAAGACAUAAAUUCUUCACAAAUUGCUGCACAUUAAGGAUCUAAAUAGGCUAUUCAAUUACGUUCCCUGCUUUGGUCCACUUCCAGCUUUUUUCUCAUUUAUAGUUGCAAUGAUUUUUUACUGAUCACAUUUAUGUGUUUGCAGUUUCAUUGUUUGUGAUGCAAGUACAUUUUACCAGAGAUUAAUACGAAUGUAAUUGUGCGAUCAUUUGGUUAGUCAUUUAGCAAAUGAAUGCAAUUAUUGUAAAACUUCUUCAUUUUUUAUGUUACUGUGAUAGAGAACGGCGGAUUUCUUUUAUUCAAAAUGAUUUAAUGUCUAAGUGUAUGGAAGUAGUUUCAGAACAAGAUCUCGACCCGAAACGUCACCUAUUCCUUUUCUCCAGAGAUGCUGCCUGACCCGCUGAGUUACUCCAGCACUUUGUGUAUAUCUUUAGUCUUUAUAUGGGCUCUAGUAUUUAACACAGAUGUGUUAAACGAUUAGUGACAUUGAAUUCCUCAAAAAAUCCUCUUCAAUGUUAAUAAUUUCAUAAUGUUGUGUUUUUGGAAAUAAUCAAUGUGUCAAACAGCGUCAGUGGAAAAAAACACGUCUGACCAAAGUGUUCCAAUGAGAGAUUAGCAGCUGAAACGGUGCCUUGGUUUCUUAUUCUGCAGAUGUUGCGUGAGUUCUUGAGCAUUUCCAGUAUUUCCUGCUUUAUUUAGAUUUCUGUCUUUUGAAGUUUGAGGAUUUAAUAACAUCUUUUUAUUACCUUUGAUCAUUUAUAUUCAUUCCAAUAUCUUGAAUGAUAUUACCCACUUUUUAUAAUUAUAAUUGAUCUCAAUGACUAGCAGCAGGCACACCUUCCGUGUACCACAGUUCCAAUUGGUUGAAACACAUUUUCCCAGUGCCUGAGGAGCUCAUAUCCGCUUCUUCCAUCAGUUGUACCCUUUUGCCUGCUUCUCAUGUCAAUGUCCUAUUCACUGGAUGUGCAAUCAAAUUAUAAUAGAUAAACAAAACCCAAGUGUGAACCUUAUUGUAGUCAGAAUGAAGUUCAAUACUUUUUUCUUUUCUAAAUCACACCUUCCACUUAGUUUGGUUUACUACUCCCCAAGUUGAGUUUCUUGGCAUUUUAAUAGCUAUUUAAUGAGUGUGAGAUUUUUUUUCUUUUAUCUUAGAGAAGACAUACCAUUAUAGAUCCUAUCUAAUUUUCAUUUAAAGCGAGACUGUAUACUUCACUCUUCUCCAAUGCUAUACCCAUCUGUCUAUAUCUUUCUGCCUGUUCAUCUAAUCUCAUUGUAAUAAUACUGCAUUCACCUGCUGUUUAAACAUUUAUAUAGCACUCAAAUGGUGUUUAAGCUUUAAUACUAUGAUCACCUUGUCCCUGCCUGCACUUUAAUACUCUGCUCACCUUUCUCUCUGUGCUUUCUCAUAUGACAUUCCUAUAGUUUCUGCAGUUAAGACCUGGCUUUCCGUGAGUCUACAUUCACAUAGCUGCCCUGUCAUUUUUUUUAAAAUUUUAAUAUGCCACUUCCUGUGUUUUACUACACUUUAACACUCUCUUCAGCGUCUCAGUGCAGAUCAAUAUUUUAUUUCAUCCUAGACUAAAACGCUAACCGAAUAAUGCAUUUUUUCCCCCAAUAUUUUCUUCUGGGGUAAAAUGAUAAUGACUAUUUUCAUAACAUUUCACAAAAAUUGGGUAUUUAACCGAACUUCUCAGUGUGAGUCAGUCACCCAUAAGCCCGGUUGUGAUUUCUGCAUCAGGAAUGCACAAGAUGAUGAUCAUUCCCCAUUAAUGUUCAGGGGUAGUACUACAUUGUCCUGCGAGACACUGAAGGCAACUUGGUCUCCUCAGUGCUGAGGCGGGCUGGGUUACAAACACAUGUUUCCAGAAUUCUCUCCAUCUCUACCUUCAAAGGUGCAGAGCUCUGAUUUCACACCCCUUUGCCUCCCAACUCCAUCAUAUUCACACCACAAACUCAGUUUGGCAUGUCAGCACCAAUACUUGUCUGCAGUUAAGUACAUUUCUCUGGAGACAAAUACUCAUGUCCCUAAAUAUGCCACUCAGCUUCUUUCUGCAUUUUAAUACUCCCCGCAUAUUUCUAUAAGUGCACUUUAACACUCAAACAACAUCUCCUCUGCACUUUAAUUGCCACUCAUCUUGAUUCUGCACUUUAAUCUCUCCAUCAUCUGGCCACGAUGCACUUUAACAUUUCCUGUCUCCACCUCUUACCUGGUCCUAUUACCCUUUAAUACUCUCCUCACUUGAGAUUGUUUAAAAAUACUCUCCUGAACAGUUUAGAGUUCACUUUAGUUUUCCUCUUACUUCAACUUUCUCAUCACCUAAUCUCAGUGCACUUUAAAGCUAAUCAUCAAUAUGGGUAGGGCUGACAUUCUAUUAAUAGGAGGGACUAUUUUGCAGCCAUGUGUGUGGCUGCACAUUCCUGGUAUGGGAUCCAUCUGUGCUGGAAUAUUUUUGUGUCAAUCUCUACCCUACUUUAUCCAAAUUAUUUAAACUUCAAAUAUAAGUUAGCAUUUCAUUAUUGUUAACCAGAUUUCGAAUAUUCAAAAUAAUGAUAGCUGCUGACAGUUGAUUCAACCCUGUGAGAAAACUUGGGAGGUGGAACUGAGGCAAAAUGGCAAGAUUUAAAAACUGCUUCAUUUUAAGGGCUGAAUUCUCUGACUUGGUUGUUCUCCUUUGGUGUUGACGCACAUACCCAGAUUCUUGUACAACUUUUUGUAAAUCCUUAUCCUGUUCCACCAAAUAAUAAACUGUUUAGAGUGGGAGCCCAUUCUUUCGCCUUCAGGUGUACUUGCUUGUCUCCUCAGAACUACCAUAUUUGCUUGGAAAGGAAACCAUUGGUGAAGGUUGUAGUAUUAAAAUACAAAUGGUAUUUUCCAAAUAGUACAGGUCAGCCAAAUCAUGAAAACUGUCCAUGCCUGUGAAAAACGGUCAACAAUUUACCUAGAAAAAACCAUGUCCUCUGCACUUAAGCUGCCCCUGUCAUAGAAAGUUAGAUUUUUUUUCCCCAGGGUGGAAAUGUCAAAUACAAGAGACAUUUAGAUACAUGAACUAGCAGGAAAUAGUGAGAUGUGGACCAUGUGCAGGCAGAUGAGAUUAGUUAGAUUGGCAUUAUGGUUGUUACAAGCAUAGGCCAAGGGGCCUGUUCCUGUGUUGUCCUAUUUUAUGUAUAUAUUAAUAUGGCACUUUUGGAAUUACAAUUUGGAGUUGAAAUUAAUUGAAGCCACGAUAAUGCAUUUAAAUUGCAAGUGCAAUGGCCCAUUUUUACCAUUAUCAGCCAUAGAAUUUUGAGUCUGCAAAGAGACUACAUAAGUAAAUGCAAAGCUUAGCAGUGUUAUUUCUAGAACAUCUGAAUACAGAUGUUGUAUCUGAAGAUGGGUUAUUCUCAAGAAUAGUCAGAAAUAAUUCAAGAAAUUAUAAUCUUGAUUUUUAGUUUCAUUGCUUCACAUAUAAUUUACCUCUAGAUUACUCUUUAAAGUCAGUCAAGAUUUCCUUCCAUUGUCUCUCAUUCCUCAUUAAAAUCUAUUUCAACGUUUCCAGACCCAUUAAUGUACCUUCUAGUAUCUUUAAUGACAGAUAUUGGAAAAUCUAUAGUGUGAUGGAGUAUUUAAAGUCCACUUCAUUUACUUUCAAUACGUUUAACAGUAAUCAUGAAAGGAAGUAUGAAAUUCAUCAGUACAAUAUUAUUAUCAAUCAAUAUUAAUUCAAAUAAGUAGUUGACAAGUGUUCAGACAAAGCACUGCUCUCAAGAAUGGAUGAUUAGGAUUAUUCUAUAUUUAAUGAUAGAGCUUCUUGUUUUCAAGGGAGAUCAGCUAAAUUAGGACCAAGCGUAGGUCUAGUCAGGGUCUUUCUAGCUGAGGCUCAAUUCCAUACUAGAUUCCAAGGCAGAAUAGAUGGAAUCCAUCCAAUCUGCACUGUUUUUUUCUGAACUGACGGGCAGUUAGUUCUAUUCUCGUUCUCGGUCUUUGCUUUAAGCCGUGCAGAGCUUUUCUUCUCAAGUAGUUAUCACAUUCCCUAUUGAAAGUUACUAAUAAAUUGUGCCAUUGAUUCCCAAGUCUCAACUAGUUGUUCUAUAAAAACACAUUGCAAAUAAAUUAUUGACCCUACAAUUUCUCUAUUUUAUUUAAAGCUUUCAUGAUUGUAAGUAUCUUGACCAAAUCUUAUCCUUCUCUGUACUGAAAUGGGCAACUCCAGCUUAUCCAUGCUACAUGCUUAACCGUGAACCCCCUUUGGCCAUCCUGUAAUGAGACAUCUCUCCUGUAAUGUCUUCAGUCUCAUGUCCUUCAAAGCCAGAAUAGGCAGAGAAGAGGGUUAUAGGCAGUAAAGUGUUGAGGCUCAGGUCGAAAGACCAAUGGUCUUUUUGAAUGGAGAGGCAAGUUUGAGAUGCGACAUGGCCUACUUCUGCCAAGAUUUCUUGUGGUAAUAAUCCAAGACACCACAAUUUUUUUUCCAUAUUAUUGUUUCUACAAGUUCCCCACUAUUAAAAUUAAACAGUCUGCACUAUUUUCUUGGGACUGAAUCAAAGCUAUCAAAAUAGUUAUUGAUCUAUUCAGAAUAUUUUCUGUUGAUUAAGAUAAUAUGCUGUGAGACAUCCUGGACAGAGUUUAGUCUAAACACAAAUUAUUUUGAUAUUGAUUGACAAUAACUUGACUACAAUGAAGUGAAUGGAUCAUUGAAACACUCUUAGUCAUAUAGAUCAUGGAUUUGGGAUAACUAAAAUAAUUAUCUUUUUAACUAAUCAUAGGAACAUUUUGAGAAACAUUGUUUAAUGUGGAACAAUGUUCAAUUCUGUUAUCUCAUCAGGUUACUUAAUUAUCAACAUGCAACAAUGGCUCGGGUGGAUAUAUUAAAAUGUCAAUAAUCACUGACCUAACAAGUGCAUGUAUUGACUCAAUAAGUGUUGUCCCUGUGCAUUUUGUGUUGGUCCUUAACAUUUAGGACCCACAUCAGGUUAAUGUGAAGUAUAAGCAAUAAUCUGAAGCACAUCGAAUUCUAACUCAUAGCUUUGAUGCAUGGAGAAUGGGAAAAUAGAAAAUUCAACAGUAACUGUUUUGCUUUUGUUUGUUAGCUCUGGGUUUAAGUAUUCAACGGUCCUCUAGCUAUUUCAUCCUUGAGUCUUGAAAGCAUAGCAUCCAGCAAACUAACUGAUAUUACAUUUCAAUUCAUUGUGCUUGAUUCUUGGUUUAUAUUGUAUUUUUGCAGUAGUUGUACCUAUUUGUCACAUAAUAAUGCAGGAAUAACAUUUUAAAGUUGACAUUCUUUAAAACCCUUGGUAGAUUAAUUAUUUUUUUCAUUUGACAUGUACCUUUGGUAGAUUAAUUAAUUUCCUCUGGCAUAUGGAUUUUGAAAAUCAGUACAUGCCAAAUGCUGGCCUAAUCAAGAAGUAUUAUUUCCUUAUGAAUUGAAUCCAAUAUACAGAUAAUUCCUAAAUGAUUUUGUUUUGUCUUGGUGCAUUUGUGCUGUCAAAUUCAUGUCACUCAAAGCUAAUAUGAGCUCUAAGGGAAAAACAGUGGAGUUUACGAAGAGCAAUGUAAUUUUAAUUCCCUCAUAAUUAGUAGAUCUACUUAUAUCAUUUUAUGAAAUGUUAAGUGUUACUUGUGCAAUGCAUUACAUGGUUUUGUGCACUGAAUGCAUAACAGUAUAUAUACAUUGAAUUGACUUGUGUUUUAUACAUAGCUUUGCACAUUGCAAGAUGGAAGAGUUAAAUGAAAAAAAUAUUUGUGUGUUAAUGCUGUGCUGGUGUGCUUGGAGAUGAGCUGGAAUAAAGAGAGGACAUAACUUUAUUUUAUGUUAUAAGGUAUUUUAAUUUUUGUAGGAAUAUUUAUGCAUUAUAUUUAAUUUUAGAACAAAUAAUAAUGUGUUCUAGGUUUGUGUGGAUAAAUAUUGUGAAUUUCUGUUAAAAAAUUAAUUGAAACUCACUGCAAGAUUGUAAAGGAUGCAAAACUGAUGUGAAUUUUUCUAGUGCUUUAAAAAAUGUAAUUUUUCCAAUUAUAAAAGACCAAGAUAUGUAAUAAGUUUGGUAUAUUGUAACUAAUAACCUUUAUAAUUAAAGAUUGAUAUAUUACCACAGAUAAUAUCAAAACUG